AUGAACUCACUCCGUCAAUUGGCUCGCCACAGGGCGUUGCCUUCGCGCGCCGCCCCCCGUGUUCUCCCCGUCCAGACCUCUGUCUCGAACCGGCUAUGGCAGAGAUGCUUCAGUGCGACGCCGGCUGCUGCUUCUCAGGCUGGUCUCGACGCGUCGAAGCUCGAAGUCACGAAGACGAGCACCCCUAAGGAGAUUACUGCGUCGGAAAACCUCAUCUUUGGCAAGACCUUCACCGAUCAUAUGCUGUCGAUUGAAUGGACGGCUUCGGACGGAUGGCACGCGCCGCGCAUCAUUCCCUAUCAGAACCUCAGCCUGGACCCUUCGGCUUGCGUGUUGCAUUAUGCCUUCGAGUGUUUCGAGGGUAUGAAGGCGUACAAGGACAACAAUGGACAGAUCCGGCUUUUCCGUCCGGAUAAGAACAUGGCGCGUCUGAACAAGUCUUCGGCGCGGAUUGCCCUGCCCACGGUUGAUGGCGAGGCGCUCACCAAAUUGAUCGGCGAUCUUGUUAAACAGGACAGCCGUUUCAUCCCCAGCACCCGCGGAUACUCCUUGUACCUCCGACCUACCAUGAUCGGUACCCAGAGCACCCUCGGAGUUGGUCCGCCAGGCUCCGCCCUUCUCUUCGUCAUUGCCAGCCCCGUCGGUCCCUACUACCCCACCGGUUUCAAGGCUAUCUCGCUGGAGGCCACUGACUACGCCGUCAGAGCUUGGCCGGGUGGUGUCGGAGACAAGAAGCUCGGAGCGAACUACGCUCCUUGCGUUCUUCCCCAGCUCAACGCCGCGUCUCGGGGCUUCCAGCAGAACCUGUGGCUGUUCGGUGAGGAGGAGUAUGUGACUGAGGUCGGCACCAUGAACCUCUUCAUCGCGCUCAAGGAUAAGGAGACGGGCAAGAAGGAGCUCGUGACUGCGCCUCUGGAUGGAACCAUCCUCGAGGGUGUUACCAGAGACUCCGUGCUCGAACUGGCCCGGGAGCGACUGAUCCCCAAGGGCUGGACGGUCUCUGAGCGUAAGAUCAAGAUGGCCGAUGUCGCCGAGGCGGCCGAAGAGGGUAGACUAUUGGAGGUGUUCGGGUCUGGUACCGCAGCUAUUGUGAGCCCUGUGCGAAACAUCAGCUACCGCGGCAAACUGGUGAACUGCGGCCUCAAGGAUGAGGAAGAGGCUGGCGAAAUCGCCCUUCAGAUGAAGAACUGGAUUGAAGGAAUCCAGUAUGGUGAUGAGAAUCACCCGUGGAGCGUUGUCCUUUAA